AUGGAUACAAAUAUUUCAACGUCAACAAUGAAAAGCCAUAAUAAAUACUUUUGUAACGAAGAGUCACCUUAUUAUGAUCCAGAAAUUUGUGAGUUGCUGAGUAAUAAUGCUGAAAAAUGUGAAAUAAACAUUUCUCGACGAGCAUUAACUAUUCUUCCAAGAGAUUUAUUUCAUGGCCUUGAAGAUCUUCAACUUAGGAAAUUAAAUAUCAGCUAUAACAAUCUAACAACACUGUCAAAAGAUAUCUUUAAUCCUCUUGAUGAUCUUCGUCAGUUACGAAUAAGUUCAAACAAACUAAAAUAUCUCGAGUCGAGUAUUUUCUAUGAGUUAUUACAACUUAUAAAUCUUGAUCUCAGUUUAAACAAACUAAUAACUUUAUCAAAAGAUAUAUUUAAUGGUCUACAAGAUCUGUGUGUCCUGAAUUUAAGUUGUAACCAACUAAGUUACCUUGACCCAGGUAUUUUCGAUGAUUUAUUGAGCCUAAAUGAUCUUGAUAUCAGUAAUAACAAUCUUACAACUUUACCGAAAGAUAUAUUUCGUAAUUUAAAAAAGCUUCGUUAUCUAAAUUUACAUUCAAACAAACUGAAUAAUCUUGAGUCAGGUUGUUUCAAUGGUCUUGAAAAUUUGUGGUCACUAAAUUUGGAUUCAAACAAACUACAAAAUAUUGAACCAGGUUGUUUCAAUGGUUUAUUACAACUUUAUUAUCUUAAUAUCGGCAACAAUCUCAUAACAUUAUCCGAAGGUGUAUUUAAUGGUCUUGAAAAUCUUGGGAAACUAAGUUUAAAUUCACACAAACUGAACAAUCUUGAGGCAGGUUGUUUCAAUGGUUUAUCACGACUUGUGGAGCUUGAUAUGAGCAACAAAAGUCUUACAACAUUGUCCCCAGGUGUUUUCACUGGUCUUGAAAGUCUUCAAAACCUGGAUUUGCAUUCAAACAAACUACAAAAUCUCGAGUCAGGUUGUUUCGAUAGUUUAUCACAACUGCAUACGCUUGAUAUACGCAAGAACAGACUGGAAACAUUAUCCGAAAGUGUAUUUAAUGGUCUUAAAAAUCUUGGGACACUGAGCUUGCGACACAACAGUCUUACAACAUUGUCCAAAGAUGUAUUUAAUGGUCUUGACAAUCUUGAGAAACUAUAUUUGGAUUCAAACAAACUAGAAAAUCUCGAGUCAGGUUGUUUCAAUAGUUUAUCACAACUUAAGUGGCUUGAUUUUGGCAACAACUGUCUGACAACAUUAUCCGAAGGUGUAUUUAAUGGUCUUGAAAAUCUUGGGACACUAAGUUUGGAUUCAAACAAACUAACCACUCUUGAGGCAGGUUGUUUCAAUGGUUUAUCACGACUUGAGGACUUCAGUAUGUACCACAACAGUCUUACAACAUUAUCCGAAGGUGUUUUCAAUGGUCUCGAAAGCCUUCGGAGACUGUAUUUAAAUUUAAACGAACUACAUAAUCUUGAGUCAGGUUGUUUUAAUAAUUUACCAAAUCUCAGGAGUCUUUAUAUCUAUGACAACAAAUUGACAAGUUUACCAAAAGAUAUAUUUGAUGGUUUAGAAGAGCUCGACAUCUUACAUUUAAAUUCGAAUGUACUACAAUACUUUGAGUCAUGUAUUUUCAAUAAUUUAUCAAAACUUCAGGAACUUGAUAUCAGCAAAAUCGAGUUGACCAGUUUAUCAAAAGAUAUAUUUAAUGAUCUACGAGAACUCCGUACACUAAAUUUAAAUUCGAAUGAACUUCAAAACCUUGAGUUGGGUUUUUUUAAUGAUUUAUUAAAGCUUCAAGCACUUGAUCUCAGCAACAAUAAACUCAUAACUUUAUCAAAAGAUAUAUUUAAUGGUCUACAAAAUCUAUGUACUCUACAUUUAAAUUCAGGCCAACUGAUUUACCUUGAGCCAGGUAUUUUUGAUAAUUUAUUGAACCUAAAUUAUCUUGAUAUCUGUGAUAACAAUCUCACAACUUUAUCGAAAGAUAUAUUUAGGAAUUUAAAAGAACUUCGUCAUCUCAAUUUAUAUUCAAACGAACUGACCAAUCUUGAGUCAGGUUGGUUUAAUGGUUUAUCACAACUUGAGAACCUUAAUAUCAGCGACAACAGUCUGACAAGACUGUCCAAAAGUGUAUUCAAUAGUCUUAAAAAUCUGCGAAAACUAUAUUUGUAUUCAAACAAACUACAAAAUCUUGAGUCAGGUUGUCUCAAUACUUUAACACGACUUGAGAACCUUAGUAUGCGCAACAACAGUUUUACAACAUUGUCCAAAGAUGUAUUUAAUGGUCUUGAGAAUCUUCAGAACUUAGAUUUAAAUUCAAGCACGUUAAGCAAUCUUGAGUUAGGUGUUUUAGGUAAUUUAUCAAAACUUCAAGAACUUGAUCUCAGCGACAACAAACUGAAAACUUUAUCAAAAGAUAUAUUUAUUGAUCUACGAAAACUCCGUAAACUAAAUUUAAAUUCGAAUGAACUACAAAACCUCGAGUCAGGUUGUUUCAAUGGUUUAUUACAACUUAAGCAACUUGAUCUCAGCAGCAACAAACUGAAAACUUUAUCAAAAGAUAUAUUCUAUGAUCUACAACAGGUCUAUACACUAAAAUUAAAUUCGAAUGAACUACAACACCUCGAGUCAGGUUGUUUCAAUGGUUUACCACAACUUAAGCAACUUGAUAUCAGCAAAAACGAAUUGACCAGUUUAUCAGAAGAUAUAUUUAAUGGCUUCUCAGAAUAUUUAUCAUCUCGAUUAAGAUCUGAAUUAAUUCAUUAA